CCCGCCCCCAGCGCCUGGGACGCCGAGCCCGGGCGCUCCGAAGGCUCGUGGAGCCCGCCUCGAGCCGCGGCCGUGCACUCGUGAAGCGAACUCGGGGCCGCCCUGACCACGAGCCGGGCGCCGGGGCCGCCCCGAUCCGCACCGGCCGGCCUGCCCCCUGCCAGGCGCCAACAGCUUGCGGCGCCUUCUCGGACGUUGCUCGGCGGGGGAUGCAGGGAGCCGCGGCGCUAAGGCCUUGAGCGGAGAAGAACGUCUAGAAGACAGUGAGGCUGGCACGAACAGCCGAAUCGUUGAGGAAGAUACGGCCGAGGGUCAACUGCGUCAGAAAAUGAAGGAGAGGUGCUGUCCCUGAGGUCAGCCUGAGCACAAAGAGAAGGUCCCUUGAUACCCAUCUGGAAGCCACCCUAAGGUUGCGCCUUACCCAAGAUUCCACACUUCUCUCGCGGUCAGUUCUUGAUGGAUUUCACUCCUGGAUGCUGGCGACUCCUGGGCAGGAGACAUGGCUCUGAUCAGGCCGGGGUUUGGAAACCAGGAUCUGUGUCUGCUCAAGAGAAGAAGUUUCCUGCUGUUGAAACUCACUGCUGUUGUCUUUGCCACGGUUCUAUUUUGUGAAUUUUUAAUCUAUUACUUGGUGAUCUUUCGAUGUGAUUGGCCUGAGGUGAAAACUCCGGCUCAUGAGAGUGGACAAAAGACUUUGAAAGCCAUGUUUUUGGCUGAUACCCACUUGCUUGGGGAAGUACGAGGCCAUUGGCUAGACAAAUUACGAAGGGAAUGGCAAAUGGAGAGAGCUUUCCAGACGGCUCUGUGGUUGUUGCAGCCUGAAGUUGUCUUCAUUCUAGGGGACAUCUUUGAUGAAGGGAAGUGGAGUUCCCCCCAGGCCUGGGCAGAUGAUGUGCAGCGAUUUCAGAAAAUAUUCAGACACCCACGUCACGUGCAGCUGAAGGUGGUUGCUGGCAACCAUGACAUUGGCUUCCACUAUCAGAUGAGCACAUACAAAAUAAAACGAUUUGAGAAAGUUUUCAACCCCAAAAGGCUGUUUUCUUGGAAGGGAACAAAUUUCGUGAUGGUCAACAGCGUUGCCCUGGAAGGGGACGGCUGCCACAUCUGCUCUGAAGCAGAAGCUGAACUCCUGGAAAUUUCUCACCAACUGAAUUGCUCCCGUGAGCAGGAACAUGGCUCCGGCCCCUGCCAAGAUGUGCUGCUGCUGCCCGUGUCCGCCCCGGUGCUCCUGCAGCAUUUCCCACUUUACCGGAGGAGCGAUGCUAAUUGUUCUGGGGAGGAUGCUGCACCUCUGGAAGAGCGGGGCAUCCCCUUUAAGGAGCGGUACGAUGUGCUUUCCCGGGAGGCCUCUCAGCAGCUACUUUGGUGGCUGCAGCCACGUCUCAUCCUGAGUGGCCACACGCACAGUGCCUGCGAGGUGCUCCAUGGGGCGGGAAUCCCCGAGAUCAGCGUGCCAUCUUUCAGUUGGAGGAACAGAAACAACCCCAGCUUCAUCAUGGGCAGUAUGACGCCCACAGAGUACGCCCUUGCCAAGUGCUACCUGCCUCACGAGACUACCGUUCUGGCCACAUACUGUGUAGCCGCUGCGCUCCUGGUGGUCCUCCUGUUAGUCCACUCCAGACUUCUGCCCUCACCUUUUCUUUUUGGCUGGAACCUGCUCAGAAAAUUUAAGACAACGUAAAGAGCAGGAGACUUGUGUAUUUUGUCAUAAGUACAAAGCCAAAGAAACUGGACCUUGGGCAGGGCUCACGGGAGAUGAGAUCAAAGGAGGCGGUCUUUAUACACAUCACGGAAACUGUAAAUCACUGAUGCAAAUUCCUGCAGAAUAAAUAGUUGACGGUACUGUUCUCAUGCUAUAAAAAUGGAACGUGUACUCUACAACAAGUCUUGUCUCAUUUUAUCAAAUAUAUGUAUAAUCAAAGAUCGUGUCUGUACAGUAUGUAAAAGCUAUUAAAGUCAUCACUUGCAUGCACUAGGCUGUCCUACCUUCCCGAGGAUGGAGCCGGCGGCCCGGGAACACACUCAGGGUUGUGUGUGCACAAACACUGGGUUUGCUUCUGUCCCCUUAUGAAGUGGUCCACAAACUCCUAUUAUAUAUGAUAAAGCUGUACACUUAAAAUAAUAAAAGUACAGAUGUUACAAGCAGGAA